GGAGAACGCUACAGCCAUUGACCUGGUUAAGAGACGAGGGGUUAAUGGGCAGCAAACAGUCAUUCUUAGAGGGGGGCCUCGAACACCGUUACCGUGAACAUGGCAAGCACCGUUUUGGACGUGGGCACCGGCGUGUUCGUGAUCGCCAUCGUUUGGAUUCUACUACUUGUGUUUGGGAUGAUGCUGCUAAGAGCAUCUGGGUCUGCGAAGUUAGGCAUCAUCCCCGUAUUCUUACUGGCUCUCACCAUCACUUUGGUGCUGGUGUUUUUCCCGCGCCGCCCAGAGACAGCGGCCCCUUUCAAAGAGACGGAGAUAGUGGACACUUUGUUCAUCGGGCGCUACGUGCUGCUGGCGGUGGUGAGCGCCGUCUUCCUGCUGGUGUUCUUCAUGCUGCUCCCCUUUCAUUUCCUGGAGCCUGUGUAUGCCAAGGCCUUAAGAACGCAGUAGAGCUGCCAGGGGGUCACAACUUGAGACAAGCGGGGCACGACGAGAGAGCCCCCCCCUUCAUGUGGAAAGGGACUACAGAAUGCAUCCCAAACAGAGACAGUGUUUUCUUUCUUCAUCGCCAACCGUUUGUGUUCACCCAGCAGGGAGGAGGACUCCAACAGUACCAGUUGUUUCAUUGUAUCCUUCACUACAUGAGAUGAAGAAAAACUGUUAUUUUUUUACUAUUUAUACUAAUACUGAAACACUCCCUCCACAUAUUUAAAUAAAAAACGAUCUAACUUGAUUUUGUCAAAUGCUGGUGUUAUUGACUGUACAUGUGCACCUAGAACUCUCAAUGCAUCUUACGUGGUGAACUAUAUUUACAGGAGAUUGCAUUUUUUGUCUUUUCAUUUGUGUCUUUAUUGUUAAUAAAGUGAAUCUUUUUUAUUAUAAAUUUGAAUUGU